AGUUUAAAACACCACAUCCUGGAAUCCAAAGUCAUUAUUUUUUAUAUGUUUUCUAGACACAUAAUAUUACUUGUUCCAAAUGUAGUAAUAGAAAACGAAUUAUAAAAUGAAGUUUCUAUGCUGGGAGGUGUUAUUUUGGCCCAUGCACAACAUCCUGCCUAAUUCCUUGUCCUGGACAGAGAAUGUGACCACCUUAAGUAUGCUUAACGAAAGUCAGAAAAUGGUGGACGGGUCCAUUGGAUGCUGCUCCAUAGACUGGCUUAUGCAACUCCAACAAUCCUCGUGUCCGCUGGUGAGGCUCUUGAUACUCGGAUUGUUGGCAUUGCCAGUUUAUAAUGCGAUAUUGAUUGUGGUGGGAUGGCGUCUACACCACAGUGCUUCCAGCAGUGCCGACCGUUUGGUGCUGGACAUCCAAAGGACCAGACCUGUCAAGCGUCGAGCUCCUUCACCGCCACCACCACCAAGACCACCACCGCGUCUUCGUAGGAAUAAAGUCCCCAAGACAUCAUCUUCAAGUCUGAUACUAUGGUAUCCAAAAGCCCAUCUCAGCCCAAGGAAUCCGUUUGAUGAGGAGGAGCAGUACAAAAACCUCAGGGAGAAUCUGAAAAUGGUGCUAGGUGGCUUACAGCGCACUCCUUUGCCCCUUCCGCCACCACAGCCCAUCUUUAUUCCCCCUCUAGUUGAACCCCUAACGCCACCGGAAUCACUGACUCCAACUGAAUCCCCCAGGAAAAGUAACCAAAAGCCACGCUCCAAGCUUCUGUCAGGGAUCAUUAAACAUCUAGGCAUGAGUUCCAUUCGCAAGAUAUGGAAAACACAUGCCAGCCGAAAGAAAAGUACGACUUCUGCAAACAGCUCUCUAUCUAAUUCCAGUGUGGGAUCCAGCUCCUUCUAUGUCUACUAAACCAAAGUCUGGUAAUGAUCUAGGGCACAUCUAUCAAGAAAUCAGCGCUCCAUUCAGUGUGAAACUAUGCGAUUAUAUUUUGUUACGAUUAAAAGCGUGCUGAGGUCAACCUUGUUGGCCCGGCCCAUUAAGGCCUUGAA